AGCGGCCACCACAAAACAAUUUUUCUUCUUCUUUUCCCUUUUCCAUCAUGUUACAGCCCAACAUCGUUUGCAAAUGCCAAUUCGAGUGUUGUGCCUGCAUGGCGCGCAGCAGACAAAAGAUAUUUUUCAGAAUCAGCUGAGUCGUCUGCAGGACGACCUCGCCGACGUCGCAGAGCUCGAAUUUCUCGAUGCCCCGCACGUGCUCCCCCUCAUUACGGCAGAGGACGACACCCCUACCCGAUCGUGGUGCAGUGCAGAUGGCAAGGAGGACUACAGCGCUGGCGAUACCCUCGUCCGAACGGCGAUGCAGCCUGCCGGGCCCGGAACAAAACUCGCGUGCACUGUUAUGCUUGGCUUCUCGCAAGGAGCUUUGAUGAUCUAUCGCUACCUCAAGCUGCACAGCGACGAUGUGGCGGUUCAGGGGCAGCUACGCGGUGUCGUGGUUGCUGGUGCCCCGGACCCGCGGCGUGUCUUUGGGCCUGGUCGCAACCGACGUGCUGCGCUCUUCGACGACUCGGACGCCUCCAGAACCUUCUUCGGUUCUCUGCCGUGCCUGCACAUAAUUGGCAAGAAGGAUUCCAUCGUGUCUCCGGAAGAAAGUGCUGCCUUUGCGCAGGUCUGCAGUGACGCGUCGCGCAUCCUCUACCACGAGCACGCCCACAGUCUCCCGACGUUAAAGGAGGUGCGCUCCGCCGUGCGCGGCGUGUGUGUGACUGCCGCCAUGACGUCCGUCGAGGCCGCGGAGGCGCGGGACGCGCGGGAGGACGAGCUGGAGAUGAUCCGUUCCAUGUACGACGACGCUGCCGUGGUGGAGCGUGGCAGCGAGACGCUGGUCCGUCUGCCGCUGUUGACGGAUGCGGAAUCCCUUCUCGCGUCAUCCUCGUCUGCCGCGGCCUGUGCGUUGGACCCGUCUAGCGUGCACGGACUGGAGCGCAUAAAGCUAUGUCUGCACGUCCCGCCCAGCUACCCCUUCAUGCUCCCCACCGUCGACGUCGUUGAUGGGCCGAGGUGGCACUCCGUGAAGUUUGAGCGGUGGGCGGCGGAGAUGGUGGUGAGGGUGUCGGCGUACGCGGAGGACGAGCUCGGUCUUGGCACGGCGCUGCUGCUGCCCACGUACCUCUACGCGGCCGAGGCGGCGCAAGAGAAGCUGGAGGUGCUGGUGGAGGUCUUCUCUGAAGGCGCUAACGGCGGCAGUGGCCGCCGGGAUGGAGAGGGGGAGGGCGGAGACGGCGAUGCCGCCCCGGCCAGUCCGUGGGCCGCGGAGGACGAAACGAGUCGCGAGGUGUUUAUUGCAGAGGCGGAGGCGCAGGCCGCACGGCUGUUGAUGCAGGAGGCGCGGCGCAGUCGAGAGAGCCACGGCGGUGGCGGUGGCUUGACAGCGGAGGAGGGCGAUGGCUCGACAGCUGCGGAGAGGGACGCGGCGGCGACGGAGGCGGCAGAGGCGGAAUCAUUUGGAGAUGCUGGGAUGCCCAACGCGGGCGGCGGGUCUUGCACGUUGACGAUCGGCCUGAUUGGAAAACCCAGUGCUGGCAAGAGCACCUUCUUUAACGCGGUCACCGACCCGCAGGAGGAGGCCAGUGCGGCCCGAGUGGCGGCUUUUCCCUUCACCACGAUCGAGCCGAACAUCGGUGCUGGUCUGGCGCCGCUCUUCUGUCCCUGCGCGGCCUUUGCACAGCCUGCACUUAAGGCGGGAGCUACCGCCGCAUCGACAACAGACAGCACCACAACAACCGCAGCGGCCGCGUCUUCCGCGACGUCGGCGGUGUCAGCAAGCCAAAUUCUCACGUCUAGUCUGACGUGUGGUACCUGUGAUGCGACGUACGGUCAUGUGCGCGCGCUGGGCAACGGCAGCUUCCGUCGUCACCCGGUGAAGGUGAAGGACGUCGCCGGACUCGUGCAAGGUGCCUACCAGGGAAAGGGGAAAGGGAACCAAUUCCUUAACGACUUGUGCGACGCCGACGUGCUCGUGCACGUCGUGGACGGGGCAGCGGCGACGGAGGCGGACGGCACGGCGUGCGCACCUGGUAAAGGCUCCGCCCUCGAGGACAUUACCUGGGUCCGCUCCGAGGUGCACAGCUGGAUUUACGAUAAUCUGCGUGCGAAGUGGUACAGUCUAGUUCGGCAGCCGGCGAAGUUUCGUUCUAUGUUCACCGGCUAUCGCAGCACAUCUACCUUUGUUGAUAGGGUGCUGCGGCGUCUCGGCAUCGCGAAUGAGGCGGCUCUCACGGCGAAGCUGCGGACGUGGGGACCGGUGGAGCUGCACGCCUUUGUCGCCCUGUACAUCCGCAUGCGUUUUCCGAUGGUGGUGGCGUUAAAUAAAGCGGACUUGUCGAGCGCCGAGGACGUCGCUGCCGCAUUGCGAGUGGCCUACCCACAUGAGAUAUUUGUGCCGAUGAGCGCGCGCACCGAGUGCCUGGCGCUGCAGCUGAACCGAAGGAAGUUAAUCGAGUACACUCCCGGCGCUUCGUCCGUGAAGCUCACGUACACCGGUGAUGUGUCGAAGCUGGAGAAGACCGCGCGGCAGGAGCUGCAAGAUGUGACCGCCUUCUUCGACGCUGUUCAAGCAACGUCUACACCGCUGUUGGGAACGACGGGCGUGCAGGACGUGCUCGCUGCGGCGGUGGAGGCGUGCGGUGUAGUGCUUGUCUUUCCGGUGCGUGCCUUUCAUCCAGUGAGCUCCCUCGCACACUGUCUCACCUUCAAACAAGGCAGUUCCGCCGAGAAGGUGUUCAACAGUUUGCUGCACCUGAAUCUCUUGGAGGGGAAGCUGGUGCGUUUCGAGGUGAUUGACGUGGCUCCUGUGAAGCAGCGCCAACUGCAGCAGCUCCUCGCAUCGCUUCCGACGGUGUCGCCCACGGAGAUAUCCGCCUCUUUUCCGGUGUUACGCGCUAGUGCACCGAUGACGGUGCGCACGUUGCGCAAGACGGAGGUCAUUGGGUCUGCCGCGGUGCUGGCUCGCGUGCUUUCGAAUAAGCGCCAGCUUGCAUGA